AUGAAGAUGUUGGUGGUGGUGAGGUCGUGCUGCAGGUUCUCUACUGUGAUGAGGCAGCUGCUUCUGAUGACCGUGAGGUGUAUGAGAACCUUUGAGCGUGAUGGGUUAGAGAUCCUUCGAGGUGGUGGUGGUGUUGAAAUCCAUCGAGGUGUGGUGGUGUUGAGAUCCUUCGAGGUGGUGGUGGUGUUGAAUCCGUUGAUGAGGUGGUGGGUGAUGAGGAUCCUCAUGUGGGGGAGUGUUGAGAUCCUUCGAGGUUGUGAGGUGCUGAACUUUUAG